GUCAGUGUAAUCGUUUGUUCUCUCGUUGCAUCAUUCCGCCGCUGAGGAGAAUAAUAUUGCUUCACCCUUUUGUGUCCACGAAAUAAAACGAAAUAAAGCUCCAGGAUGUGUGGUAUUUGGGCCUUGUUUGGCAGUGAUGAGUGCCUGUCGGUUCAGUGCACCAACGCUAUGAAGAUCGCCCACCGGGGCCCAGACGCUUUUCGUUUUGAGAAUGUCAACGGCUUCACAAACUGUUGCUUCGGCUUCCAUCGCCUGGCUAUCGUAGACCAGCUGUAUGGCAUGCAACCCAUCCGCAUCAAGAAGUUCCCCUACCUAUGGCUCGUCUACAACGGGGAGAUCUACAACCACGACACGCUGAAGAAGCAGUUUGAGUUUACUGACUACCAGACCAAAGUAGACGGUGAGAUCCUGCUUCACCUGUACGAGCGGUUCGGCAUUCAGAAGAUGGCGUCCCUAUUGGACGGAGUGUUCGCCUUCAUCCUCCUGGACACAGCCAAUAGGAAAGUGUUCCUGGGGAGGGAUACGUAUGGUGUGCGACCCAUGUUCAAACUACUGACCGACAACGGCUUCCUGGCUGUGAGCUCUGAGGCUAAAGGUCUGACUGAUAUCACCCACUCCAUGUCUUCUCCUCCUAAGAUCACUCCGUUCCUCCCGGGGCACUUUGAGGUGUUUGACCUGAAGCCCACUGGGAAGGUAGAGUCUAUUCAGAUGGACCGCUUCCACUACUGCACCCAGGAGCCCAGCCACGCUGCCUAUGACACGGUAGAAAUGCUACCCUCCGGUUUUGUCCCAGAGACAGUGAAGAGCAACAUCCGGUCUUUGUUUGAGAACGCUGUCCGGAAACGACUCAUGGCCCAUAGGAGGAUCGGCUGUCUUCUCUCAGGUGGUCUAGACUCCAGUCUGGUGGCAGCUACGCUGGUCAAACUGGCCAAAGAGGAGAAGUUGAAGUACCCCAUCCAGACCUUCGCUAUCGGGGCUGAAGACAGCCCAGACAUCCUGGCUGCUCGCAUGGUGGCGUCGUACAUCAACAGUGAGCACCACGAGGUCAACUUCACCCCUGAGGAAGGUUUCAAAGCCGUGGAGGAGGUCAUCUUUCACCUGGAGACCUAUGACAUCACCACCAUACGCGCCUCUGUCGGCAUGUACCUAGUGUCAAAGUACAUCCGUGAGAAGACUGACAGCGUGGUGAUCUUCUCUGGGGAGGGCUCUGAUGAGCUGACACAGGGGUACAUCUACUUCCAUAAGGCUCCCACGCCCAAGGCAGCAGCAGAGGAGAGUGUUCGUCUGAUGAAGGAGCUCUACCUCUUUGACGUCCUGAGAGCCGACCGUACAACCGCUGCACACGGUCUGGAGCUGAGAGUGCCUUUCCUGGACCACAGGUUCACAGCGUACUACCUUUCCCUGCCUGAGGAGAUGAGGCAACCUAAGGAUGGAGUGGAGAAGCACCUCCUCAGAGACUCAUUUAAAGGUCUGAACCUGAUCCCAGACGAGAUCCUAUGGAGACGCAAAGAGGCCUUCAGCGACGGAAUGACUUCUGUCAAGAAGUCCUGGUACAACAGCCUGCAGGACCAAAUGGAGUCUGAGGUGAACGACUACGAUCUGGAGAAAGCUCCUAAGACAUUCCCGUUCCUCCCUCCCAGAACCAAAGAGGCGUACUUCUACCGCCAGGUGUUUGAGAAGCAUUACCCGGGCCAGGCUAAGUGGCUCAGCCACUACUGGAUGCCCCGCUGGAUCAAUGCCUCCGACCCCUCAGCCAGAACCCUCUCCAUCUACAAGCCUGACAAAGACCAGUGAUACAGCAACAACAGUGGCUCUUUUCCAAUACCCUCACUAGCGUAGCACUUAUACUGCAUGAAUGCUCAAUAGACUACUUCAUUCUAAGUGGUCUGCUAGUAUGGAUAUUGGAACGUAGACCGUGUCAGCUGUCAAUCACCUUUGUCACCAUUACUACACCUCCCCUUCACAACAUACCUAUCUAGAAUUUGUCUCAUGCUAGAGUUGUGACGAUUGUGGGAUUUUAGGGUAACAAAUUGAAAUUUUAGUUGAAAAAUGUUUUGACCUUGUAAUGCAUCAUAAUGCAUCUUUAGCUACUACAUACCUAAUGAAAACAACACUGCUUUGGUGACACCCCUGUAUCAAACUAAUGGAGUUGAUCACUUGGAACUUUGGAAAUGAAGCUUCUCCUACCGACCGUGCUGCUUGCAAAAUGCUAUCGGAUAAACUAUGUCUACUUGAAUAUAAAGUUGAAUCCCCUCGUCUCCUAAAAUAAAUGCAGUAAGACUAUGAUGAAAAUUAUGAUUAUUUUUUUACAGUUAUUGUCAGUUAGAUGAUUAUAUGAUAAUUGUGCCAGCCCUAUGCAGGAAUCAUCUAGUUCUUGGGAUCAUUGUGAAUUACAGUUACAGGGUCAGUUCUGAUUUGGGGAAACUUGUUUCAGUAGGAAUAGUCAAUAAUAUUAGAAGACGAUGAUGAUGCUUAGUUAAAUAAACAAUGCUGCCGUUUAUCUCACUGGGAUUCGGUAGCACUACUACUGAAAUGCUUUCAUACAUUAUAGUACCAUACCUAGAUAUGAUUACGUAAUACAUAGAUGUAAUUGACAUAUUUUAACAGCUUCAGACAUAAGCCAAACCUUAACACAAUUCUUAACAGUUCCUAAUGAGUUCUGUUGGCAAAAUAGGCCUUUUCCUCUCAUUCACAUUGUUAUGAAGUUGGAUGCAUAUAACAGGUAAUGUACCCAGAAGUUAGAUAUAACAGGAAGGAGGCAGCCUUUAAAAUAAAGGACAUUUUUCUUUCCUGUCUGCUGUAAUAGGUGACAUUUGUCAGGUUCAGUUCCAUGCAGAUGAGGCUGGGCUAAUUUUAUUGGCUGGAAUGGAAUAGAGUCAAACGUGAUUGCCAUGUGUUUGAUACUGUUCUGUUUAUGCCAUUCUAAUGAGCCUGUCCUAUAACUCCUCCCAAACUGACAGAGAAGUACCCUAAUUUAACUAAUUUACCUUUUAAACAUAUUUUAAAUGUCAGAACAGUUAUGAUGAAACUAAAGCUUUCAUGCAUUGAUCAAGCCCAAAGUUUUCUUUCUUAUUGAAAAGGAAAAGGCACAACGUUCACUCACCAUUAAAAACACAUUUUAUUGAAUCAACUAUUGAAAGCUUGGUUAUUUGGCCUUCAUCAGAAUAGGAAUUUGAACAUUUCUUACUCUUUUUGUCUCCCCCUGUUUUUAUUUUAACUUGUCAUCAUACUCAUGUCAUAUGAGAAAGGCUAAUGCCUCUGAUAUGACUUAGCCAUUCUGUACUUAAUAAGUGGCCACACAAACUGAUCAGACAGAUAAUGAAUCUAUCUGGAAUAGCGAUAACAAAAGGACGAGGUGUUUGUUGCCCGUUACAUACUGUCCUUUACUGGAGUGUGUUGUGUUUUAACUACCAAUUAAAGAGAGCAAGACCAUGGCAUGGCGUAAUAAUGGUCUAUAAAUCAUAAUUCUCACAAACGUUUACGUAAAGUGUGCUAUGCGUGUGUUCUUGCGUGAGUGUGUCAUUAAGAUAAUGAUAGAAUGUGUAACAGAUUGAAUAUCACGCUGGGAACAACAUGAAUCAAUUGAAGACGAAACAUGACUGAGACAGGCUGGUAUAAUGGGUUACAUAAGGAAGCCACUCAGACCAAAACAAACACACUGCAGGUUGGAUGCUAACCAUAGUGCAUUGAUUGCACUUUGUUUUCUGAAUUGCAAUCCAUCUAGAGUCCAGAUGGAAAUGUAUGAAACUAUAGCAUCACAUGUCUAAAGUGAUAGACACAGUGUCUAUCUACUGUAUUUACACUGCUUCGGAAAUAAAUGUGCUCCAUACCCUUGACAAUA